GCGGGUCCGGUCCUGCGCGUGGAGCGCUCCAGUCAGUCCCGCGAGCGCAGUCACUCAGCACGGCGCGUGUGUGUGUGCGAGAGUGUGCAGCUGACCCCGCGCGCUCAAUGGACUAGAUUCCCAGCCACGUAAGAUGAUGAUAAUGGUGUCUUCUUGCUGAAACGUGGGACAGGCCCGCGGGAACAUCGGCCGUCCCAUUCCCCCUUUGUGCAAAUCCAACGUUGGACAAAUUGGGAAGAAAGAAGGAAGCAAGCAGGACUGCCCGCGAGGAUAUCUCAUUCCCAGGCGUAACAAAGAGGGGCUCGCGAAACGGAUGAAACAUUUUCCUUGCCAUAUUUGGUACGUGCGUGGAAAUGAUUUGGCGUGCAGGGGCGCUUGAAUUAAACCCGAGCGCGUACUCUCUGGAUUUCGGAUCUUACCGGCAUUUGUCCGCCAGCUGCCACUUUUUGGCGUUUCAUUGAAUGCAGUUCAGCGCAAAAUCCGAUCUUUUGCCUGCUGCACGGCGAGCUGUGACGUCACAACCAAAGUCGUUACAUUGUAUCGCGCUUUGCAACGCGGGCCUUGUAACAUUGUUGCAGAUCGUGAGAAACAUGUUUCUUUUGAUCUAAUAACAAGCACGCGCUAUUUCUUGAGAGACGAUAGAGGUCAAAUUCGUGCGUUGCAUGUGUACGCAAACACCCCAAUAACGCCACAUUGACGUUGCAGUUAAUGCACAUGCAGAAUUAUUAGAUCAUCGGUAAGAGCUUAGGGGAAUCCAUGUCUUUUGUCGUGUAGUGCACACCGGACAGUGUUAAAUAAAGGGCAUCUGUCAUUCAUUUGAAACGCAACGCCGUCCGUCAGACCGUCGACCCCCUUCUGAUCCGGACGACCCUCACCUUAUACUCAUGAACAUACAGAGAUCCAGUCCCAUUAACAUUUCGCGUUAUGGGAGAUCGAGGCACAAAGCGCACGACUUCGAAGAGCUGUCUUGCCUAAGGACUACAGAACCGAGCCAAAGUUUCAGUCCCAAUUUAGGAUCUCCCAGCCCCCCGGAGACCCCCGACUCCUCUCACUGCAUUUCUUGCAUUGGAAAUUACCUUUUGUUGGAGCCCAUUGAGGGAGACCACGUUUUCAGAGCCACCCACCUGCACAGCGGGGAAGAGCUCGUGUGCAAGGUUUUUGAUAUCGGUCGAUAUCAGGAGUCCUUGGCCGCUUACUUCGUGCUGGGCACCCAUGAGAACAUUAACCAGAUAGUGGAGAUUAUUCUGGGGGAGACUCGAGCGUACGUGUUCUUCGAGAGGAGCCAUGGAGACAUGCACUCGUUCGUCCGCACCUGCAAGAAGCUGCGCGAGGACGAGGCCGCCAGACUUUUCCAUCAGAUAGCAUCGGCUGUGGCGCAUUGCCACGACAACGGCCUGGUCCUGAGAGACCUCAAGCUUAGGAAGUUUGUCUUUAAUAACGAAGAAAGGAGCCUUAUAAAAUUGGAAAGUUUGGAGGACACAUACCUACUAGAAGGCUGCGACGACUCCCUCUCGGACAAACACGGCUGUCCCGCCUACGUUAGCCCGGAAAUCCUCAACGCAAACGGCAGCUAUUCGGGUAAGGCGGCGGAUGUGUGGAGCUUAGGCGUCAUGCUCUACACCAUCCUGGUGGGCCGCUAUCCUUUUCACGACGUGGAGCCCAGCUCGCUCUUCAGCAAGAUCCGCCGCGGCCAGUUUAGCAUCCCCGAGACGCUAACGCCCAAGGCGCGAUGCCUCAUCCGUAGCAUCCUGCGACGAGAACCGGGAGAACGCCUCACUUCCCGAGAGAUCCUGGACCACCCGUGGUUUUCGGCCUCUGUUGGUAUGUCGGUCACCGCGGGCCACGGGAGAGGGGAACGCGAGUCGGACCAAAUGGUACCAGAGGCCAACAUGGAAGAUGAACUAGAACAGUUCUUUAGCUGAGCACAAACUCAUCAGACAUCAUGCCACGUCCUUUUAGAUUAUACACUCAUUACAAUGGUGUCUAUUGUUAUUGUCCAUUCCGUGGAGAGACAUGGUAGAUUCUGGCGCGGGUGGUGCGUAACGCUCCUCGGUUAGGACUUCUGGACAAUGCUAAAUGCUAAUGGCGUCGAGUGAUGUAUGUAGCAAGACUUACUUAAGUUUUUUUCUUAAUGUUUAUUUUAUGUGGUGCUCAUGAGGCGUUCAAGUCACAUUAAGCUACAAACUCGUGUUACGGCACAGGAGACCGCAGCCAAGGAACAACGAAAAUAUCAGGCGGAACUGCUCAUCCUGAUCCCGAUGUUAUAUUUUCCUCAAAUGCAAUUUUCUGGCUGAUGUGUCUGCACUUCCUCAAGUUCUUUUUUUAAUUAUGUUAAUAGUAAACCUGUUUGCUUUUUGAUAACCCUUCAGGUCAAAGAUGCUAGCGGAAGAACGAAUUAAGCCUCUUAUCCCAAACCUUGUUUCUGACUAUUUUUUAGGGCUGCAUUAAAAUAUUUUUGUGUUGCAUUAACGUAUUAUUGCUGCUUUUUUCUGCUUUCAACCGUACUGAAAGUUUCUCAGCGAGCCUUCUAAAAAAAUGUAUGAAUAAAUAAAACGUCAAGCACUUGACUCGCCCAGGCUUUGAGUACGAGCGAAUCCACCUCUCUGGACUGAUGUCAUUUAUUUAACUUUAGUUUUUCUUUUGCUGGAGCAAAAUUCUUUUUAUUUAUAAUGUAACUACUACUAUAUUUAAAAAAAGAAAAAGAAAUACGUGCAGGGUUUUUUAUUUUUACAAAUAUUAUAGGCAAUACAUUUGACACGGGACAGGCUGGUCUUUUCGAUCAAAGCUUGUCCUACGUUAGGAGGUCAAUAUGGUCUGUCAUCAGGGUCAGUAACUGCACACCCCGAAACUCACACUCUUUCUUUUCUUUUUUGCAUUCGACUCCAUAGAUAUUAGCCAAUGUUACUGCGACUACACUGUCUCCAGUACCUCAUGUUAACUCUACUGCCUGCAUAGGUCUGUGAAAUGAUCUUGUUCUGAAUGGGUACAUGUAGACACGUUUUGUCGUAUAUCAGUGUUACUUGAAAUCGUGAUUUAUAACUAGUUAACGGCAUGUGCCCUUUGAAUGCUUUAGCCUGCCUAGCAAGAGGGGAGCUUGUUUUUUUUCCUUAAAGAAGAACAUAACGAAGGAUUUUUAAAUGAGUCCAAAUCGUUUCUUUUCCGUGUUUUAUUUUUCCUGCGGUCAUUGUACUUUUCCCCAGUUUCGUAGAGUAAACGGCAUACUUAAGUUGGUGCUGAUUAGGUGCUAAUGUUGAAGGAUUUUUCUUUCUUUUUUUGUUUCUUUCAGUUUAAGGGGAGGGGGGAGUGCAUGGUGGGAAAUCUGCCUCAGAUGCUCUGUAAUGUAACAAAUUUUGGUGUUUUGUCCAGAAUUAUUCAGUAAAUAAAUGGUGAACUGCACACUGAA